GCGCAACUGCGAUUCAAUCAACCCCUUUCAUAAGUUUCCGGGGGGCAACUUCCCAAGUGCACGCCUUAUACCUAUGAUAUUCUGAAGUAGACGGCGACCCGACAACUUUCACGGCGUCCAAGGUUUGCAUCGAGCUCAGCCAAUCAGUCUCAAUUUGUUGAGGUACAGCACCUUAGUUUAGCUUUGGAUGCAACCAGGAACACACCACGCGACGUUAACUCGGCCCGGUGCUCGUGAUCACCACGUCCCCCCCAAUUUCUACCUCGACCUGUCAUCUUAUCAUCUAUUCGACCUACAGCAAACUACGAGCAACAAAGAGUUCGGGUCGCAUUUACGAGGCCGCCACGAGAAACACAGAAGAGAGGCCAGCGAGCCGUCGGCUUGACGCUCGAGGCUCGGCGGGGAGCCACCACGCCCUUUUCACCAGGCCGGGCGCGAGAUGUCCUUUGCAUCACAAGUUAUCAUGGCCGGCGCAUUGCAUCUCGAAGCCCCCAAUGGUGCGGCACCACUCAGCGGAGUUCACGCCCGUAUUUUCCAAUCAUCUGCCUCCCCAUCCAUCUCAAAUUCGGUCUAUAUGGGAAAGUCGAGUGGGAGCCUAUACUCUGACGUCUCCAUGCCAGCUUCUAAUAUAAAAAGAAAACGAUACGACUUGAGAGAUUCGCCACCAUCGAGCGGCUAUGCAAGAACGGAAACUGGCAACGUAAAAGGCGUUAGGCAAGAGAUUGGAAGAAGAACAAGUGGCGGGCGCGACAUACGGUAUACAUAUGGUGGCUCGGUCGGAACCCCGAAUGGAGUAGAGCCAAGGCAGUCUGGGUAUAUGGAUGAUAGCACAUAUUCGGAUAUCGACUAUAGACGUGCGCUUGGCUCGAAACGACCUCAAGAAGAUGAGGAUGUCCCUACAGCACAAUCACCUGUAAUGCAUCCAGCGGCUGGUUGGGGUUGGUUUGGAUUGGGAACAAUUGGAGGAGUAGUUGGCAAGGUGUGGGAAUUCUGCAGAGGUGCUGGGUUUGCAGGGUUUCAUGCCGGAGGUGGUAGAGGUUAUGGGAUGAGCCUACCACCAGUGCAAGGCCAGAUAUGGUGCAACGAACACGAUAUCCCAACGCUACCCGGAUUGCCCGGUGGCUUCCCCGAGUCUGAAUGCUCGCCUUUCCGAGACGAGAGCGAACCACUCGAGUUCACGCCCGUCCAAUACGAACGCGAGGCACCCGAAUCUUCCCGUCCUCCUGGCGCGAAGCGCCGACAGACUUCUUACGGCAUGUCAAACGAUGAGUUACAACGGAAUUGGGUCAUGGUGAAGGAGGAUGCCAGCACCAAGAUUCAGCCCGUCAGUUCAUCCUCACCACCAAAGGUAUCGCAGCAACGGCCGCCACUGAAUCGGCGCAUCAGCAAACCGGUUAGCCGUAUCAGCAAUCCUAGCGUGGCUCAAGGGACCUCCAACAGCGUCAGCCAUGCCGGCAGUUCAACUCUGACCAACCGACAACCUGCCAGUUUUGCAUCCCCGCGUUCAGUGGUCGUUCCCGAGAGACCUGCCACACCAAGUCGACUACCGGUAUUAUCCCGGCCUCGCUCUUCGAGCACAGUUUCGCACAGGCUGUCACAAUCACAGUCCCUGAUCGCAAGUCCGGUCCCAUCUUCAGCGCGUGGCCACCGGCGGUCCCAAAGUACGGCGUCGGCCGUCUCUUUUACACCACCGAGCCGGUUGAAGAAACGUGAAAGUUCUGCCCGGGAGAUUGUGGAAGGCGCUAGUCCGAGGCUCGACACUAAGGCGCGCAAUAUGGUCGUGAAGCGGAUGAAGCAACAGCAGGAGACCGACGCGAGAAUCAACGAUUUGAAUACGCGCUUGGUGGAUAUGAUCCGACAAGGCAAGGAAGCUCUAGGGACCACUGUUGAGGUCGAUGGGUUUGAAGAUCAAGAUGGUGGACACGAUCCAUGGGAGGAUGAUUAAACGGAGGAGGACUCGAACUCAAACCCGUGCAUAGCAAUUGAUCAAGCCCAUGUCACAUUCAAAGCCUUGGCUUUACCGCUUCUGCUCAGCCUAUCGGGCUGCCGUUGUUUGUAUACAAGUCUAAUGAAUAUUGCAUGAUCACUAUUUAAUUUUUACGUCGCUGGAAAUAAUGACUUUUGCUUGUUGUUUCGCUCUCGUCUGAAAACUUACAUGUUACAAUGGCCACGUUGCAUAUGAUGGCCUCGGUUAAUUUUACACAACGAGCUUUAGUAUACGAUG